AUGUGUAUUAACAACUCCCUGGUUUGCAACGGCAUUCAGAACUGUGUCUACCCCUGGGAUGAGAAUCACUGCAUAGAAAAGCGUUCUCGGGGCCUCUUUCACCAAAUCACUAAGACACAUGGUACUGUCAUUGGGAUCUCAUCUGGCGUGGUUCUGGUUCUUCUAAUCAUCUCUAUCUUUGUUCAGAUGAAACAGCCCAGAAAGAAGGUGGUGGCUCGCCGACCGGGUGUUUUCAACAAAGCAGGCUUACAGGAGGUUUUUGACCCGCCUCAUUAUGAGCUGUUUUCUCUUCGAGACAAAGAGAUUUCAUCAGACCUCGCCGACCUGUCGGAGGAUCUGGAGAAUUUCCACAAGCUGCGGCGCUCGUCCACUAUGUCCCGCUGUGUGCACGAGCAUCACUGCGGCUCCCAGGGUUCUGUAACCACUGGGGGAGGCAGCAUGAAGCACAGCCACACCACUCUCAGCUCCAUGGAGCUCUCUUAUCAUAAUGACUUCUCUAAGCCGCCGCCGAUGAAAACCUUCAACUCCACCUCCAGCUACAAGAAGAGUUGCUACGGCUACAAGCAGCACUCCCAGAACCAUGACUGUGACCAGCAGGUGAUCGAGGACCGCGUCACAGAGGAGAUCCCGUGUGAGAUCUACGGCCGUGGGCCUGGCAGUAUGAGCGGAGUCAGCGGAGGGGGCACUCUGGGAGGACCGUCAGGGAUCUCAGGAGGGGGCAUGGGAGGCCCUGUGGGCAUAGCUGGGGGAAUGACUAUGCCUGGAGGCAUGGGGAUGGCAGGAGGAGUGAUGGCGGGGCCUAGUGGCAUUGCUGGAGGUAUCGGUGGGAUGUCAGGGGCCUGUGGAACCCUGAAUGUGCGUGGGAAUAGCACCCGGAACAGCACAACCAUAGUGGAUCCACAACAGCGCUCCAUGUCCAUGGACUUUUAG